GCCAAGGUUCACAAAGUGUUUGGGGCGAGUAAUGUGAGCAAGAUUCUGACGGAGGUGCCUGAGGAGCAGAGAGAGGACACUGUGAACUCUUUGGCUUAUGAGGCGGAGGCUAGGCUGAGAGAUCCUGUUUAUGGAUGCAUCGGUGCCAUAGCUUUGUUGCAGACUAAAAUGGCGGAGCUUCAACAUGAUCUUGCUCUUGCCAAAGCUCGCCUAGCUCGUUAUGCUGCUGCUAAUAAUAAUUAUUCUUCUUCUACUUCUUUGGGUGUUUUGGAAAAUUGUGUUGUUAAUAUGUCUUAUGGUGGAUUGAGUUUCUCUGGGCAGAGUUCUGAUGAUAUCUCCCAAUAUGGUUAUUUAUGUGACUUUACCCAUUUUCCAUAUCCAUUUCAAGCUUGAAACUUUGUGCUCU